AUGAUGCCCAGCAAAACCAUGCGCAAACCCAACGCGGCGCCCUCGGAGUCCGAGACGGUGGCGGAAUGUGCUUUGCAGCUACGCAAGAUCGGGGACAAACUGAACCUUCAUCAGAGGAUUCUGAACCUGAUCGCAAAGCUCUUCUGCCCAGGGGCUCAAGAAUGUUUGGAGUAAAAGCAAAAGGUC